GCCGUCGCACGGCUAUUUUUAGUACAGCCGCGGCGAAAUUUUGGCAUUGGAUGCGAGGCACAGACAAAAGGUGCUUUUUCUGCGUGAAAUAUGCUCAAACAUCUUCUGAGAGCCAAGGAAAUAGCUAGGAUAGGUUGUUAUGGAAGUUCAUCUCUUGUGGAGAAGAUCUCCAAAUUAUCCCUGGGCAGUGCAUCUCUAGCUUCCAGGACUCUGUCAACGAUCUCAAGUGAUGUCAAGGCACACUCGUUGGAUGUUUCUCCUCCUCCGCAUUCGCCAGUCAUUUCACCUCUGCGGAUUCCGCUGAGAGACAUCCGCGAUGUGCCUCGAAUUCGGGUGAAUAUCAUCGAACCACCUCGCCAGCGGAUGCUCACAGAGAUCAAUAGCAUUCUGGAUGAAGAGCGAGAGAUCAAGCUACCCGAGGCGGGACCAGUGAUUGAGAAGCACGCCGUCCGCAUGAUUGUCAUCCGGCGGAAGAAGAUGAAGAAGCACAAGCUGAAGAAGCUGCGGAAGAAGAUGAAGUUCGAGUGGGCGAAGGUGAGACAGCGCCGGGAGAUGCGCAAGGAGAAGGCAUUCAGGGCGGAAAUAUUUGCGCAAAUCAAAGAGGCGGAAAACUUCUCGGCCGAGAACUAUGUCGAGGAGAAGCUGAGGAAGGCCACGGAGACCCCAAUACCCAAGUACUGGAAGAAUCGCCGGCUGCCGGAGUUCAUAAUCAAGCAGUUGAUGGGCAUUAAGUAGGCAGGGGUGUGUUGAGUAGCCAAUAAAGUCAUUGUAUAGAA